AAUUGUUUCUUGGAGUUGAGAAAGUGCUGCUAGCAGUAAAAUAGGACAAGUUGACGCAUGUGUGGGAUUGCAAAUUAAGGCGGAAUAAAAAGCAGACACAAUAGCUCAGUCUGUAAACGCUGUGUUUUGUUGAUCCGUCGCGCAGAAAAAAAAAGGAGUCGACGGAGAAGGAGAGAGGAAGAGAGCCGGGACGCGAUUCAAGCUGCUAUCUUUCCUGAGGGGGUGUUAAUUUAUCCGCCCUGCAACCACAACAAGAAAGCGCAGCCCUUGCGGAAUAGUCACAUUGAAGACGACACGUGUGGAUGGUUGACCACAUGUUUCCUGCGGUCUGAUCACGUUAUUGUAUCCGUGUAGUCGGAUUCUUUUUUAAGUUACAGAGCUACUCCCGGUACAUUGUUUCUUUUCUCCGUCCGAAUCUGCUACCGCGAUGUCGGAGGUUGAUGUCUCUGCAGACCGUGUCCCCAGCCGACCACUGGGGCGGACAGAGGACAUGUUGAAAGAGAACCAGGAGAACAGGACUUUGCUGAUGGUGGCAAUGAUUUUAUUGGACUUGAACAAAUGCAGCCCCAAUGCUAUCAGCACCGGAGCCAGCAGAUGUCUCGGGGGCACCGACACCGGCACGCAGGAGAAGGUGGAGCGGGGGAGUUGCCGGCUGAACGCCGGGGACAGCCGGGGCUCGGUGGCACCCAAACAGUCCCGGAACAAGAGGGCGGCCGCGGCGACGAGGGGCCAGGAGUCCCCCGAGAAGAGACACUGCUGCCCCUUCACCGGCUGUGGGAAGAUGUACGGCAAGUCGUCACACCUCAAAGCCCACCUAAGGGUCCACACCGGUGAGCGCCCCUUCGAGUGUACCUGGCCAGACUGUGGCAAGAAGUUCUCCCGAUCAGACGAGCUGACACGGCACUAUCGCACACACACGGGCGAGAAACGCUUCAACUGUCCAAUGUGUGACAAGUGCUUCAUGAGGAGCGACCACCUGACUAAACAUGCCCGGCGACAUGCAGGUUUCCAUCCCAGCAUGCUCCAGGGCUCCAGUGCGGCUAAGAGACGCCGCUGCUCCGUUUCUGUGUCCUCUGAUUCUGGAGACCAAAGCCCUGCAGGGGUGUGAGACACACCCACAUACUGUAAAUAUAUACAUAAAGGUACAUGUAGUAGAUACAGAGCCAUACACAUACGUGGACACACCCAAACAUGUGGUGUGUGCACCUACACACAAAUCCCUUCAAGUCAGACAACCCAACCAGCCAGGCCACAAUUCAGAGAGUUUUUCUGCUAUGCAUAUAACGUUGUCCAAAAGCAAACAGAAACUUUUUAAACCCGACUGUAAUCAAACUAGAGCUUCCCCCUCUUACUCCUUAAGGUGACUGGUAUUCAUUGAGGGUUAUUCUGGGCCUGUCAGACAGGUCUAGUUGUUUUGCCAAUUAUUUUAAUUUGUGUUAGUCUGUGUGACUUCUUUUUCUGAAAGAAUCUGCCAUCCAAGUGGUAUUCAUGUACAUAUAUAUAGUUUUCAUAAACACUAUAUGUUUUCACUUUGCACCACGGACUUCUUUUACAAGCGAAGACGACAAGAGUCAGCAAAAUCUUAGAUAAAGAUACGCCUGAGAUAACUGAGAUAUUCCCAGUGUAUAAAAAAAGUUUUGGGAAUAGUCCUUCAAUUUAUGUUAUUGUUGCACACAUAAACGCAUACUUUUACUUGUACAGUUAUUCUUCAGUCCAGAACAAGGCAAAUGUACAGCAGUAUUAUCAUGUAAAUAGAUUAAACAGACUACCUUUCAGGUGGAUGAUAUACUCAAAAUACUGUUGUUAAGUGUUGUUAGAGAGUAAUAAGACAAAGCUAUACUAUAGAGAAUGACAGAACUUGGGUUUUUAAUUUCGUACAUUUGGCCAUGGACUUAGUAAAUCAGGUAUACUGUAAGCUUGUAGGUAUAGGCAGUGUGUUUCCUGUGUUGAAUCAUGCAUAUUGUCACAUCAUGAUAAAUGUGCAAAUAAUCACACCAAAAUACCUUUUCAGUACUUUGGCAAGGCCAUAAUACAUCAUAGGCAAAUAAAUGUCAUCUUUCGUGUUGCUUUUUCAGGCUUGAAUUGCAUCAGUAGCGCAGGAAAACAUAACAGGGUAAAGCCUUUAAAAGGUAAAGUGGUAACUUUUUCACUUCUCUGUGUUAUGACUACAGUUAUUAAUGUUUAGUAAAAGCGUGCAAACAAUAAUGUCUGUGCCUUUUAAGAGUUUUGUAGCAGAGGGGAAUUUCUACAUUUUCAAUGUUUUUGGAUAUACUACCUGAAUGAACAUUGUCAGAUUAUUUAUGUUGAUAUUCAAUACUUUGAAUAUCAAUGACUGUCUAUUAUAUAUACCAACAGUGCCAGUUGCUGUACAUUGAAACUAACUUUUGUUUACUCUGUAUCUGGACUGCAUUUUAUCAGGGAAUAAUGUGAUGCAUGGUCAUUUCAAUUAAUACACCCCCUGGUGGUGACAUGGAAGCACAACAUUUCGCACAAGUGAAAGUCAUAAAACCCUUUUUUUUUCUGUCCUAGCGUUUUAACGCUAGGACACGGUACACUCUCUUGAUUAGUUUGUUUGUGAGUCAAUGAUUUCCAUAAUGUAGCAUGAUUGUAUGUAUUUGUUUGGUACAAUGUAUUUUUUAUUUGUCUGGUAUUCUUUUUAUAAUAAUACUAAUGGGAUGAGAGGUCUUAUUCGUCCACUACAGGAGCCAGAAACAUGGUUGAUGUCAUUAGUGUUCUUUUUAUAAUUGCCACAUAAUGCAUUAAAACAUUAAACCAGAUAGAGUGUAAAGUUAGGUGUAGUUAACCUCUUAGAACACAAACUACAUGCAUUUGUAAAGUGAAAUGCUGUUUUUCUUUUCUGGCAUUAUGACAACUGUGAUUAGAUGUUGGUGCCUUUCAGGUCAGAGCCCUAACUUCUGAUGCUACUGUACUGUAAUCAGGGACUGUCAAUACAGACCCCAUGUUAUCGCAAUAUCUAUAGAGACGGGUGAAAAAGAAAAAAACCUGAAUAAAUGAGUGGAGAAACACAGCGCAUGCAGAUGCUUCCACACAGGUUCACUGCAUGGUACAAUUAAG